UUCAGUGAAUACGUACGCGUCUGUACUCUCCUAGUUCGCUUAUGGCGGUGCGGUCAGUAUUUGUCAGUAUUCGUCGUGUCAUUUCCGUGAUACGUAAAUACGGACGACUAAACGAGACGGGUGUGUUGGUGAAUACAGAAUACAUAUGCACGUGUCGAGGAUCGCUUGAAUUUAACGAGUCGCGUACGAAUCGCGUAUUCCAUCGCCUUUCAUCGACUCUUCUCUCUGCUUGAUAGUAACACUGUGUGCGUCAUCGUGUUCGAUGCACGAUUGAACGAGGAAUAUCGCACAGAACAUUAAACGCUACGUUCGAUGUGAGAAUCGUCAACUGAUCGAUUUGACGACAAUCCCAGACUGUGGCUAAUGUUGCGCUAAUCGUGCUCGAUCGCAUAUCGAUCAACGUAGUGAUGCGUGGCCGAGUGUAACAGCUACCAAUAGUUACAGCAUAGCGCGCGAGCGCACACACAAUACGUGUCGCGUGUGGCAUGUGCGUGUGUAUAUGUGUGCUGUGCGUCGAGAUACACAAAACGAAGGCAAACGAAAUAAUCGCUCUUCUUCAGUUGAGUAAGCUCUUGCGAAUGAUGCAGUUGCGAUCGCUCCCGCGCUUGCAAACAAUGAAACGACGUGGGCACAGCUCCAUCUUGACCGGCUCAUGCUGAGGCAAUUCUUUGUGAGCUACGUGUACCUUUGCGCGCUUUCUAAAGGAAAGACGAAAGGAAAGAUUUGAACCAGUGUCGACAAACACGGUGGUGUGCUCUGAUAUUUGGUGUUAGCGUGGACUGGGAGCGUGUGGAUAUCUUUCGCACGAGGCAACACGUGUUUGUUUCCAAGUUAGGUGGAGUCCCAUGUGCAAAGUGGGUGGAGGCUGGCAUCGUGAGUCUGCCUUCCUCGUUAUCACAGAGUUUUAGAAAAAUUUUGGGCAACUAAUUAUAUUCAUUGCACUAUGGAUUCCUAGCACAUCCUUGUUAUAAAUAGUGCAAAACACAAUAAUUCAUCAUGAAACGAAGUAUAGACGGAAGGAAUAUUUCACAAGAAGAAAUCGAGGAUCAUGAUCCUUUGCAAACACAGACGCAGCAACAGCAACAAGAUGAAACGGAUCAGCAACAAUUAGAACAACAGCAAACUGCCCAAUCGCAAAUUCGUUUUUUAAGUGCAAAUGUAUUGCAACAACUGCAGCAGCAACAAGAUGUUCAGCAACAAGCUCAGCAGCAGCAGCAGCAACCGCAAGUUAUUACCUUGCAAAACUUUGUGCCUUUACAAGCUCAACAAUCGCAACAUGAUCAGCAAAGAGCGCAAGCAAUCUCCGUUCAAUCGCUACCUCAUCAAUUCUUGCAAGGUGCUCAGAUUAUUAGCACUCAAACACAAGCUGCUCUUCAACAACAACAGCAACAAAAUCAGCCACAGCAGCAGCAGCAGCAGCAACAGCAACAAGCUCAACCGCAACAACAACCGCAUCAACAACAACUCAGCUAUAGUGUAAUUCCACAAAUGCAGACUGUCAACAUAGAUGGCCAGGAAGCUCUAUUUAUUCCAUCCUCUGCGAUGUCCGCGGCGAGUGGCCAUCAUCAAGCGCAACCAGCCAUGCAAUUUGCUACUGCAAACGGCCAGCAAAUGCAACUUGCUGGUCAGCAAGUACAAUUAGCAAACGGCCAGACUAUUAUUACGCCGCAACCAGUUAGUCUCAUAAGAGCACCGAAUGUCUUUCCCACUUCGAUCAUACAAAAUAUUACAGGACAAACAGUCCAAUUGCCAACGGGUCAAAGCGUACAAGUAAGGCCCCUCCAGUUUCCUAUGCAGCAUGUUCAACAAACAGUGCCUGUGCAAGUACCAGUCACUGCCAGUAAUGGACAAACCGUUUAUCAAACUGUACAUUUUCCUAUUCAAGCCUUAUCUAGCGUUUUCAACAUGCCCGCGACGCAGAUGAUACCCCAAAUUACGCAACAAAUACCUCAAGUAGCGCAGAUAAUUACACCAAAUGGUCAGAUCCAACAAGUGCAAAUUGCUAAUAUACCACAAUUACAAAGUCUUCAGAGUCAGCAAGUAACGCAAGUAGCUCAACAAGUUGCACAUCAACAAGCGCAGCAGCAAGUCGUCCAACAACAAACUCAGCAACAGAUAGUACAAUCGGUCCAGCAGCAACAGCAACAAGUAGCGCAAGCUCAAGUACAACAGCAACAGGUACAACAAGUUGUGCAACAAGUUAUACAGCAGCAGCAACAAACGCCGUCGCAACAGCAGCAGCAACAGCCACCGCCACCGCCACCACCACCGCCAUCAUCAGCAUCGCAGCAACAGCAACAACAACAACAAAUGCAACAAUCCUCUUCUCCAUCGUCAAGCGUAGCGACUUGGAGUACAACAGUUGCGACUCCUAGCAAUGUUCAAGUUCUUGGAAUAGGCACAUUAGGAAGAAGCAUAACAGGAAAUACUAAUGUUAUUACUACAAAGGAUGGCCAGAAGAUUGACGUGCAGACAUUAUCCACUUUAACAAGGCCGCCAGAAACGGUAGAAGGUGACAUUAAAGUAACUAAUAUUGAUGCUACUGGACUAACUGGUGGACAAAUAAUACAUAUUCCUGCUGCACAGUCGGCCCAACCAACAAUGCAACCUAUUACAAUUACAGGUGCGCAAGGGCAACAAUUAACACUUAUUCCCGCAUCUGCGUUAGCGAAUUUAACCGCGCAACAAGGUAACAUGAUGAGGAGCGUAAGCAACGGAGGCAUAAUGCAAAUUCAGCCAGCCGCUGGAAUAAAUACGACCAAUGGCUUUUUGCAAUCGAUACCUGUACAAAACAUUCCAGGUUUAGGCAAUGUGCAAGUAAUACCAGCGAGCGCGUUACAACCGACUGCGAUGCAAACGUUGCCCGCUACCGCGGCUACACCUAUCGUCGCUACGCCAACUGUACAACUCGACUCGAGUGAUCCUACCAAAUGGCAAAUUCUCCAAACUCUUCAGUCGAACGGCACCUUGACGACAUCCGCUGCUCCCAUUUCUCAUCAACAUCAAGUAUCAAGUGCAACCAACUCCAAUACCGACAGUGACACUAAGCAGCAUCGUAGAAGAGUCGCGUGUACGUGUCCCAAUUGCGGCGACGGAGACAGGAACAGAGAUAUGAGCAGAAAGCGGCAACACAUAUGCCAUAUCGCUGGAUGUAAUAAAGUAUAUGGGAAAACGAGUCACUUACGUGCGCAUUUACGUUGGCACACCGGUGAACGACCAUUCGUCUGUAGUUGGAUAUUUUGCGGUAAAAAAUUUACCAGAUCUGAUGAACUUCAAAGGCAUCGUAGAACUCAUACAGGGGAGAAACGUUUUCAAUGUCCCGAGUGUACCAAGAAAUUUAUGCGAUCCGAUCAUCUAACAAAACACAUCAAAACACAUACUAAGAUACGAAGCACGGAAGCUGCUACUUCGACACAAGAAGGCUCUUCCGAUAGUCAGUCUUCCACCGAGCAAAAAAUUAUCAUAGCGCUGCAUAAAGAAACGGAUCAGUCUGAAAUCGUUAUUUCAGAACAGAUAGAAAGCAUGAAAAACGAACCCACCAAUCAAAUAACGAAUGAAUAGAUUCUUUUAUGAUAUAACAAUGGCGCAGCCAAUAUCACUUAUAAAACAGACAGCUGAUGAUUAGCCAGUGUUAUUACUCACAAUCAGUAUUAAUUAUUUCCGGCGUAAAAGAAAGAAAAGAAUCACUGCUAGACAUACGGAAAAACUGUAAUUACAAAUAAUAAGCGUAUAUCAAGCAAAUUUUAGUGGUUGAAAAUUUUAAGAGCAAGUUAAGUUGAUAUUGUUAUAUGUAUAAAUAUACAUAUAAUUGCAUUAUAUAAAUAAUUGAAAUUAAUGUUAUAUUGGACAAAUCGGACAAAUCAUCGCCCGAAACUUAUUUCUGUUCUUUGCACGUAUAGAAUCAGCAAGAACAGUCACGGUGAGUUUAUAUAUUAAAUUGUUACAAGUUGUUGUCUCUGAAAGUAUACUUUAUGCGUAUACGCAUUUUAAUGCAAAAAAUGUUUUAGAAGAAAAUUGUUUGAGUUUAAGGAGGCAGUAAUGUUGAUCUGAACCUGGCGCUUUCAGAGAUAACAGCUUGGAAUACAUUAAAAAUGCCCUAUCCUGUAUAUAUAGUCGCAACUGUAAUGUACAAUCUAUUUUUUUAUUGCGAUUGUGUGUAUAUAUGUAUUUGUAUAUAAUGUAAAGCGAUGUAUAAAAAAAUUUUUUGCACGAGAAAUUUUACAUUUAUAAACGUCUUUUGAUAACGUCUCAAACAAUCGAAAAAAUAGCUUUCUUUUUAAUCGAUCGAAUUAUUUUAAACUGAACAGAGCUGCUUCGCGUAAUAGAACGUGUGCGUAUGGCAUAAAAAAUGUAAAUAUAAGUUUUAUCUUAGAAGAUUCUAAAUGAAAUUAGAACGCGACAUUUGCAUUUUAAAAUGUAAUUUGGCCACUUAAUGAGAAGUUAUCUGUUUUUGCAACGUAAUAAUACAAUAAAUAAAUCAUAAAAUUUAAACAAUAUGGAGUACAAGGAUCCUGUUAGCAGUGAGAUGUGUGAAAUUUAAGAUAAAAUGAAAAGUUAUCAACCAUAUUCGAUGAUUUUAUAUGGCAUGAACCAUGACCUUAUAAUAAAUUUAAUUGGACACAUUAAUGCGCAUUGGUACACGUUGAAAUGUCAUACGCAUAGUACAGUAAAUCUAUGAAAUGCUUAGUAAAAUUUACCAUUUUACUAUGAUUGUUUUUAGUAGAUUAUAUAUGUAUAUUGAGCAUUAUAAAGUGUUUUGUAUUAUAUUUUGUUGGUACAAUUAAAACGUAUAACAAACUUUAAUCUGUACUAGUGCGCAUCCAACCGAAUUCACUAUUACACAUAGUUGUAAUCCUUUUAAUCUCCAAUCUAUUUCCAGGAGUGGGUAAACAAAACCCGAGAAGGAAAUAUCAUUCAGUCAAUCUAGACCUUUGAUUUUUAAUUUAACGAUCACUCCAUUUCCCCGAAUUUUAUUAGGCUUUGUACUUAUCGUUACCUAAAUAGAUGCUUCAUACUUCGCAUUGUGUUAUACUCACGACCAUUGUUCAUCUUACAUUGGUAUCAAACUGUCUAGUUGUGGACAUAUCAGAGUGUACAAAUAUAUAACUGUAUAUUUUCACAUAUUGCGUUUGCUGUUUUCCUGAUAUAAAAUGCUAAUAAAAGUGUUAAGAAAAAUAACGCCUGGAUCCGA